AUGUUUUUCUCUAAAUCUCGUUUUGUUUCUUUGUUUGUUGGGGUGGUUUUGCAGAGUGUAUACGUAUUAGCUCAGUCCGAUUCUACCACGAAGGAGACCCCCCUCAAGUACACACCCAAUAAAACAGCCGCUAUAAUCGCAGGGUCACUAUACAUGCUUACAGCCGGUGCGAUGUGCAUUUGGGGAACACGGUACUGGGGCCGGUACAUGCUUUCCAUGAUCAUAGGCUCAGCAUGCUACGCUGGGGGCCUGUACCUUCGUCUCAUCGUGGGAGAAGACAUGGGAAGCGUGAUGAAAUACGCUACUAUGAACUUGAUCAUCCUACUUUCACCCUGUGGAUUCAUUGCUGGUGUUUAUAUGCUCCUUGGACGACUUGCGAUCCACCUCGACGCGACCGACUUUUUGCUUAUUAGGCCGAACAUUCUGACCAAAGUCUUUGUGAUUUCUGAUGUCUUGACAUUUUUCAUGCAAGCUGCCGGAGGAGGUAUGACAGCCGGCGACGAUGCGAACAUGAGGAAUAUUGGCGGCAAAGUCUUCCUCGUUGGUCUAGUUGCCCAGUUGAUUUCUUUCCUGGGAUACACGCUCAUCUUUGGCAUCUUUGUGUACCGCCUCUGGACUCUGCGUCGCAACGAAUGGAACUCGCGUCCUCAUGGAAUCAUGAGUCAUUGGUUGGCUCUGGUCGUUGCGAUGGCCCUGAGCUGUCAAAAUAUCAUUGUCCGCUCGGUAUUUCGUGUAAUCGAGAACGCGCAGGGACGUAAUGGAAUUUUCGCCACCCAGGAGCAAUACUUUUACAUGAUGGAUGUUGUAGUCCUUUGGGUCGCCGUCAGCGUGUUCAUGGUAACCUGGCCACCAAAAUAUCUCACCGGUUACGCUGCCAUGGCCGGAAAGAGAGGCAGCAACAGUCACGUCGAAUUGAUGUCCACCUCAUCGAGGUUUUAA